AUGAUCAUGAAAGAUUCAACAAACAUGGCUUCUAAUAAUGUCCAAAUUCUUGAAAAUCAUGAGUUCGAAAUCUCGAAUUCGACACGAUUUUCCCGCCGCUAUCGAACGCUGUCGUUUUCAUCAAUGCGGUCCGAUUCUUGGGCUUCGUCUCAUGGGUCCUCGUCAUCAUCAUCAUCAUCAAUUUCGUACUUCGAUGAUUACCCUACGUUUAGUCCAACGACACCUCUCAAUAAGUUCAAAGGCAUCCCGUUUUCUUGGGAAAAAUUUCCCGGGAUCCCGAAAAACCAAUUGGGGUCCAUGAAGAAGGAAUAUUCAGAGCAUCUCCUCCCGCCGCCGCCUGCCAGAAGCUCCAACUCCGGCGACAAGAAAAGCAAUAGGUUCCGAAGGGACCCAUUUUUUGCAGCAUUGGUUGAAUGUUCUAAGGAUGGUGAUGAUGAACAUCAUGGUACAAAUUACUAUGGUACAAUGUGGAAAGGUAACUCCAAGAAUAUUACAAGGAGCUUAAGUGAUAAGUUUGCUUUCAUGAAUUACACUUCUUGUAAAAGGACUUGCUCGGUUUCGGAACCUGUUCGACCAAAACCGAGCCAUCAUGGUCUUAUCGAUCGUCGUUCGAGCUAA